AUGCUCCAUGAGAUUCUCCUUUCCCUCUCAGGUCAGCCUUCUCCUCUUCUUGACCCGGAACUCGAAACCAAUGGCACAUCUUCCGGGCCGUUUCCCCUCCUAUCGCCACCGGAGAAAGCGUUGCUCGCGACACUCGCUCGCUUAAGCCGACUGCAUGCACAGCUUCGCGCCCAUACCGCCCAAAUAUCUUCUUCGCACCGCUCGACAAUUUGCCGCGCCGUGUCUAGUGCUAUAUCGAUUGAACAUUUAGGCAGCUUUCAGAAGCAGAUACUCGAUGUCGAAAGAGCAGUAUUGGGCAAUGAUAGCAACUAUGUAGGAGGCUAUGGCAUCGUGCCGCUUUCUACGUUAGUGUCAGAAUUUGCUCCUUGGACGCGGAGGUUAGAGUGGCUCUGGGGGGUAGCUUGCUUCAUAUUACCUGAGUCGGGUACGAAGGAUGCAGCUGCCAAAGAGACAUGCAGCGGUGCCAGUCUCAUUGACUACCUUCGUGCGGAAUCCCGAACAGGCUAUUUAGAUCUGCAGCGGAUUGCUCUACAGCUCACCAAAGCAGCAGAAACAGCAUGGAUGCGGCAACUAUCAAUGUGGCUUCUAUACGGAGAGCUGCCUACAUUUGGAAAGGACGACUUUUUUGUGCAGACAACUGAGGUCGAGCCUGAGGAUGACGAAUUCAGUCCGAGCAAGGGAACUGUAGACUACAUGAUGCAGGUCGACUUGUUACCCAAAUUUGUGUCCAUACCAACGGCAUCUUCGAUCUUGUUUAUCGGGAAGUCUUUAAAUCACAUCAGGAGCAGGAGAAACCGGUCAACUGUCGACAACGCGACCGGGUCUAUCACAGGCAUUAUUCUUGACCCAGACCAUCUCCGUCAUUUAUCAUCACUCAAAUCGCCCAUUUCUACAUCACUCCUUGCAAAUGCUGUGAUAGCUAUCAGGCUUUCGGUAUCGCAGACUUCGUUGUCCAAGCUGUUACCGUUGCCCAAAAUCGUUGAAAUUCUCUCUCUAAUCCACGAUUUCUUGCUCCUUGGACGAGGGGAAUUUGUGACAUCGCUUGUUUCACAUGCUGAUUCGAGGCUUCAAGCACGAAUAGCAAGACCAGGAGCUACUACUUCAGGAGGGCUGGGUGAAGUGAUUAUAAAGGAGGGAGAGGUCUCGGCAGCUCUUGCGCAGACAUGGACAGAACUAUAUACUUUACAGGGCGAGGAGGCUCCGGCGGACGAACAGUUAGACCUUGCUCGGGAGCUAUUGAGUUUGAACCUACAGCCUUCCUCCAAGAAAGGCGAGCACGUAAUAACGCCCCAAGAUAGUGCAGCCACAAACAUGACGACCAAGAUUUCAUUGGUUUCAUUCGCAGACCUUUUGUUUCCAACUGAAACAGUUUUGUCGCUCAAAAUUCAGCCGCCUAUCGAUCUAUUCUUGUCACCCUCGGAUAUGUCAGUGUACUCUAUCAUGCACUCGUAUCUCCUGGGCAUUCGCCGCGCCCAGAUACGGCUGAGCAGUCUAUGGAAACACACAACGAUGCGCCGCAUACAUCCGAGCCCCUUGGGCCCUCCUCGAAGCAAUACUCGAGGUGGUCAGCACCAUUUGCAGACGCAGCGGCAACGGCAAAAUAUUCGAACAGUUCAAAUGCGGCAGAUAUGGGCCACCGCAAGCGCAUCAUUAUUUGUGCUCUCGGAAAUCGGGGGUUAUCUGCAAGGCGAGGUUAUCCAAGAGUCCUGGCAGCAUUUCCAAGCUUGGCUUGAAAGAGGCCCUACCAGCCCAGCAGCGGCCUCUUCACGACCUGGAUCCCAACAUGAAACGGCAAUGGCAGCAUUGAGGGGACAUUCUCAAAGAAAGCAAAAACUAUCAGCACCACCAGAGCAACAACAACACGACCCCGAAACUAUCACAGUGGCACACCGCCGGUACCUCUCUUCCCUGACACAAUCGCUUUUUCUGACCGAGGUUCCAUUCACCAGCUCCCUUCGGUCUUUCCUGACCAGUCUGGAUCACAUUGUCGCUCUAGUUUCCCGACUAGAAACGGUUCAGCGCAAUUUAGAUCUCGAAGCAGACGAAGGCGUUGUAGACGCUCUCGCAGACUACGCCAAAGAAGAAGACACAUUGUGGGAUGAGCUGCGAGAUGCGCACGAAGCGGUCCAAACUAGUAUCAAAGAUAUCAUCUCACGCCUGCGUGACAUAGAUGACAGCCGCUCCGUCGAUGACAGCCACAGGAGGAUGUUUGAAGCCAUGGAAUCCGGAUCUGGACCUAGCCGAGGACCAAUGGAGGAUCGAAAUAUGUACAUCCCUCGCAAAGCGGCGGGAGUGGAUCAAUUGUUGAUGAAGCUUGACUUUGCAGGUCUUGGUGAUAACCCUGUUUUUGUCGAUGACGGUGGAGAGAGAGAUUUGGUGAAUGAUUAUUAA